AUGGGUAUUCCUAACCUUCUGCCAUUUGUAAAGAAUGCAUGUCGGCAGGGGAAUGUGGCAGAAUUUUCGGGUUGUUCCGUUGCUGUCGACGUUAGUUGUUUGUUGCAUCGAGGUCUUUUCGGUUGUGCGGAAAGUAUAGCUCAAGGGAAGAAAACAAAUUUCUAUAUCUACUAUGUGGAGAAGCACAUUAAAGCUUUGCUGAAUAUUGGUUGUCAUGUUAUCAUGGUGUUUGAUGGUCGUCCCCUUCCUGCUAAGAAGGAUACAAACAAUGGAAGAAGACAACGACGUGAAGAUAAUGUCAAAGCUGGUGAACUACUUCUUGCAGAAGGAAAAGUCAAUGAGGCGAUGGACAAAUUCAAACGAGCCACUUCGAUCACUACCGAAGUCGUGGAGAGUACCAUCGAGGUUUGA